UACUUUCUUACUGUUUUAGGAGCCAUGUUUGAGCAAGACUAUGGGAAGGUCAACUCCGUUCUGGAGACCCUUGUAAGGAGAUGAGUUGUUGAGCAGAGGCCAGGAUGAAGUUGCUGCCAGGAGUGGGCGUGUUUGGGACUGGCAGCUCAGCCCGGGUCCUAGUGCCGCUGCUUCGGGCAGAGGGGUUCACUGUGGAGGCCCUGUGGGGGAAGACCGAGGAGGAAGCAAAGCAGCUGGCUGAGGAGAUGAACAUCACCUUUUACACCAGCCGCACUGAUGACGUCUUGCUGCACCAAGAUGUAGACCUGGUGUGCAUCAACAUCCCCCCUCCACUCACCCGGCAGAUAUCCGUGAAGGCUCUAGGAAUCGGGAAGAAUGUGGUCUGUGAGAAGGCUGCAACCUCAGUGGAUGCCUUCCGGAUGGUGACAGCAUCUCGUUACUACCCACAGCUGAUGAGCCUGGUUGGGAAUGUGCUGCGCUUCUUGCCUGCUUUUGUGCGCAUGAAGCAACUGAUCGCAGAGCACUAUGUCGGGGCGGUGAUGAUCUGCGAUGCCCGAAUCUACUCCGGGAGCCUGCUCAGCCCCAGCUAUGGCUGGAUAUGUGAUGAGCUCAUGGGUGGUGGGGGCCUGCACACCAUGGGUACCUAUAUUGUGGACCUGUUGACCCACGUGACUGGCCGGAAAGCCGAGAAGGUGCAUGGUCUACUCAAGACCUUUGUGAGGCAGAAUGCCACCAUCCGUGGCAUCCGGCAUGUCACCAGUGAUGACUUCUGUUUUUUCCAGAUGCUCAUGGGUGGGGGGGUAUGCAGCACAGUGACACUCAACUUCAACAUGCCAGGUGCCUUUGUACAUGAAGUCAUGGUUGUAGGCUCAGCAGGUCGCCUUGUUGCCCGGGGAGCUGACCUCUAUGGGCAGAAGAACUCUGCCACACAGGAGGAGCUGCUGGUGAGAGACUCACUGGCUGUGGGUGCAGGGCUCCCUGAGCAGGGUCUCCAGGAUGUCCCACUGCUCUACUUGAAAGGUAUGGUCUAUAUGGUGCAGGCCUUGCGCCAAUCCUUCCAGGGGCAGGGGGAUCGCCGUACCUGGGACCGCACCCCUGUCUCUAUGGCUGCCUCAUUUGAGGACGGACUAUAUAUGCAAAGCGUGGUGGAUGCUAUUAAAAGGUCAAGCCGAUCUGGAGAAUGGGAGACUGUGGAAAUGCUAACAGAGGAGCCAGAUGCCAACCAGAACCUAUGUGAAGCACUUCAGCGGAACAACCUGUGAGCCUACACAUGACCUCCCUCCCUUGGGGGCAGAGGGACUGGGGAGGGGACUGGGGGCUGUGCUUGGCUAUAGCAGAGACAGUGUCUUUUGUUUAAUAAAUUAGCUUGGGCCAGGCCUUGGAGCCCACUGAAGGUGACCCAGGAAAAAGCCCAUCCAUCCAUCAUUGACUCCUCAGACUUGCCAGGCAGCAGGUGCUGCAUCUCAGGCUAGCACUAUAUGUGGAUCGGGCUGUGGCCUGACCCUGUGGUUCUACCAGUGAGCAGGGACAGUAAGAGAUCAGUCUGGGCUGUUCAGCCUGAUUUGUGAUCUGUCAGGAUGAGAAAGCCCAAUAAAAGGAACCAGCUUGGUUGAGUCCUGAGGGGAGAUGGCAAGAAGCCGUGCCCGUCUUGGACUGGGGCGUCUUAGGACUGGUGAAGGCAACAGGCCAUCUCACAGAAAAGGUGGGUCUUUACCCACCCUCCCAUGUGAUCAGACCCUCUCAGGCCUCAAGCAGGCCCUUCCCACAGAAAAGGAGAUUUCUGUAUCAUACAUAGGGAGGAGGGCCCCUGACUUGGUAGAGAGGAGACAAAGGGGAACUGUAGAACAUCUCAGAAAUGUCAGUAAAUAAGCCAGAAAAAAUGUGACAUCAUAGUGUGUGGUCGUUUGUUUGGGGUUGGGUUUCUUUAAUACUGGAAUGCUUGUUUAUUACUAUAGAUUGGUUGUUUUCCCCCUUUUCUCAUGGACUACACAGCAGCUCUGAGCUAAUGACUUAGCUCAUGGCUGAGUCCCAGAAGUUCUCCAAAUGUUUUUAGUAGAUAGGGUGCGAGGCUUCCUAUUAGGGGGCUGCCAAACCUGCCAUUUCAAGAAGAUAGGAGGAGCCUGGAGCCCCUAGGCUGGCGGCCACGGAAGGUUCUUGUUUUUCAAGAUUUGUUAUUUAUUUAUAUGUAUGCAUGUCUCUCACUGUGUGAGUGUACACAUGAGUGAGGUGCCCAAAGAGGCCAGAAGAUGGCAUCAGAUUUCCUGGAGCAGGAAGUCGUGAACCACCUGAUGUGAAUGCUGGGAAUCGAACCUGGAUCCUCUGUCAAAGCAGUGAGCAGCUUUAACUGCUGAACCCCCUCCAGCUCUAGUGUUCUGUUCUUGAAGCCAUGGUGUGGCUUCAGGAGAGUCCUCAAGGAGGAGCUCAAGGAAGAAGGUGCCUGUAUGUGUCCUUUGCCAAUAUGCUGGAUUGGGAAGCCGCUCAUCUUCCUCCUUCAAGUCCUGGGCUCCUUGCCAAAAAGGCCGGGGGCGGGGGCUUCCUCUUCCUCUUGGCAUCACUUGUAGAAACCAUCAUGCCCAUUUCCCUGCAGUGUCCCGAUUUCAAACAUUGUCUUUUGUGAGGUAAAAUCAGGUUGGAGUACUGUUGGUGUUCUGAUUGCCCAAAGUAAACCAUUUUAUGCAGA